UUUUUUUUUUACAUGUUGCGAAUUCCAGACUCCAAAAACUGAAAAUAAUGAUCUCUGUCUAAAUUUUUUUUUAUUCUAUUUACUAGUAAUCAGUUGUUUGGCCACAAAGUUUUCGGUCAAGCUUUUUAUGAAAUUGUGCUUUUGGCCACACGACUUUGAAUUUACUUUUUGUAGCCGAGUACUGCACAAGGCCAACACAUUCAACAAAGUCGGUUACAUCACACACAGCAAUCUUGCGGUAGGCUUUAUCUUUUGUGUUUUCAACCACAACAGGAACACCAUGACUGUCAAGACUGUGUUGCUCCAUCACCUCAAUCACUGCCAAGAAGGCAACCUCAUUUUCCUGCUUAUGCUGAAUAAAGCACUGCACCUUUCCAACAAACCAAGCAUUUCGGGUCGAGCUAAGGACAUUGUUUUAAUAUCUCUUUUUUGUCUCUCUCUCUCUCUCUCUCUCUCUCUCUUUUUUUUUUUUUUUUUUUUUUUACCUUCUAUUGGUACUGACAUCAAACAGUACGAUGUGGCCGGCCCUUGUAUGCAAAUUCUUGGCCUUUCGAUCGAAUUCUGAAGAGAAUUGCUUAGAGUCCUUCCAUGCUCUUGCUGCAAUGACUACGUCCAUACUUCCAAGCUCUCCUGCUUCGUAACCUGCUGUACGCAUGUAGUAAUGUUGCAAGGCCCUGACAACUUUGCUCUUUAUCAAGCCACAGCAUACCAGUUCCGCACAAGUGUCAUCCAACAGGGUAUCAUCCAUAAAAGGAGCCAGUAGUUGAGGGGAAUCAGGCAAGCCUGAUGGGUGAUCCAAAUACGAGGAUGGGC